GAGAAGUCGUCUCAUUCAAGAGUGUCUUGGGGGGAAAACAAACGGUAUGGCGACCACAAAAAGCCGACUAUUUUAGCCUCGUUUACGUUGUUAAUGAGUGAAUUCCGUCGUGCGUCAUAUCUCCGGAUGGUGCCGAUACAGUGAAGGACUUAUAGUGAAGAGAAGGACGUCGGAUAAUGAGGAGAAGUGCGUGAAAACUGGCGGAAAACGAGGUGGUGGUGUCUAUGGUAGCAGCCUUUCCAUCUACUAGAGGCCUUUUGAAAGCUCCCGUAGAAAUUCGUGGCAACCAUUUAGAAACCAGACAUAUGUCACCAUCUCAGUAGUUAGCAGAUUCAGCAGAUACAGAACAACACAGGAAGAUGCCACAGCAAGCGUCUCCAUAUGCAGCCCUUGAGGGCCAGUAUGAACUGCAUGAAACUAUUGGCUCUGGCGGCUUUGCCAAAGUCAAGUUGGCCACGCACAUAUUGACCGGGGAGAAAGUGGCUAUAAAGAUAAUGGACAAAAGGCAGCUUGGGGAUGAUCUUCCCCGUAUUUAUCUAGAAAUUGAAGCAAUGAAGCAGCUGACUCAUCAACACAUUUGCAAGCUCUACCAGGUGCUGGAAACAGAUAUGAAACUAUUUAUGAUUCUUGAGUACUGCCCUGGUGGUGAAUUGUUUGACUACAUAGUUGAGAAAGAUAGGCUUCAGGAGGAUGAAGCGCGUUUGUUUUUCCGUCAAAUCACAUCGGCCGUUGCAUAUAUUCAUAACAUGGGAUAUGCUCACAGAGAUUUAAAGCCUGAGAAUCUUCUGUUAGAUGAUGACCAGAAUUUAAAGUUGAUUGAUUUCGGCCUUUGUGCCAAUCCAGCUGGUGGGAUGGAUCAGCAUUUAGCAACCUGUUGCGGUUCUCCUGCGUAUGCAGCACCAGAAUUAGUGUCUGGCAGGCAGUACUUAGGUUCUGAGGCAGAUAUAUGGAGUAUGGGGGUAUUACUGUACGCUUUGUUGUGUGGAUUUCUUCCCUUUGAUGAUGAAAAUCUGGGUGCUCUAUAUAGAAAAAUUCAAGCAGGUAUUUAUGAGAAGCCGGAAUGGUUAAGUAGCGGAAGCCGUGAGCUGCUGUCUUUGAUGCUUCAGGUAGACCCUAAACGGAGAAUAUUAGUCACUGAUCUUUUAAACCACCCGUGGAUAAUGCAAGGGCAAGCUCAUGGCAUUGAUCCUUCAUCUAGGUAUAAGAUGAACAGCGUUGAUGAAGAUGUCAUUACAGAAAUUGCAGUUCACCAAGGGAAAUCUAGAGUAGCUGUAAGGCAGGCAGUUUGUAAGUGGUCGUAUGAUUACUUAACAGCCACAUAUUAUUUACUACUCUGCCAGAAAAUGAAAGGAAGACCUAUCAGAUUGAUAUCUAAAAUAACAUCUCUUGGUGAAAUACCAGUGCAGAGAACACCCGCUAGAUGUUUGAUGGAGCAGCUUAAUAGAGAGAAACCAGGAGAAUCAUCUAAUAAUGGAAUUAUAACCACUUUAGGUCAUUCUCCUAGAGGCUUACACACAUCUCUAGAGGGAGGCUUAGAUGACGUCGAUUUGUUAGCAAUAUGUAAACCUGCGCUGACUGGCAACUCCGUGGACAAACCAGAUGGCUGCUUAACUCCAUGCAAGGCAGAAACUUUAAAUCCAGAAUUAGAACUCACGCCUCUCGUAUCUCCCAAGAAACGCAGACCUUCUUCCAAUAGUGAUGAUGAUAAAGAAAAUUUUCUACAGCCUCGUGUUCCUACCCCAGGUCACAAGCCUCGAAAGAAAUCCACUCCUUCUACACCUGUGCCUAGUAAAUUAUCUCCGUCCAGAUCGGUAGACAGUGGUCUGAAUUGUGAAUUUUUGUCACCUUCCCGAAAUAGAUACUUAAUCUCUUCAGAAGACUGGACAAACACUCCAGAACGAACUCCUAGGUCCUCGCGUAAAAUGUUUGGUAGCAUAGAAAAAAGUUUGGAUAAAAUGAGGAAUAUGCUGACACCCAGGAGAAGACUAGGAUCUAACCAAGGACCUUCAGUUGUUGAAAGCAAGAACAUGUACAAUGUUAGUACAACAGGAAGUAAGAAUCCUGACCAAGUUCUCAGCGAUUUGCGGCGAGCAUUGUUAAAUAAGGGCAUUCUUUGUAACCAGAAAGGAUACACUUUACGUGGGAAAGUUCGAGAUGAUGUUGGUGGGGCAAAGCUAAGUUUUGAGCUAGAAGUGUGCAGAGUACCAAGGUUAGAUGUCAUUGGCAUCCGUCGCAAGAGAUUGAAAGGCGAUGCUUGGAUAUACAAGCGCGUGUGUGAGGAGGUCUUACGUCUUGCUCAAAGUUCUUCAAAUAGCAAUACACCAACAUCUGCCUUUCCUGCGACUGUUGCAUGUUGAACAAUCGACAUUAGACGCAGAGCAGUGAUGCUUGUUGACAUUUCAUUCAACUUAUGUGAUUGUUUGGAUACUCCAUUUCCUGAGCUAAAAAGCAUUAAUUGUACAGUCAUCACAUAUAGUAUAUAUAUAUAUAUAUAUCUCCUAAUUUUUUGUUUUUAAUGCAUAUCAGAUAGAUUGUUCUUUCAGGUAAAUUUUGUAACUCAAAGUCAAAAUUGAUUGGUGGAAGAGUUAAACUAUUUUAAUGGAUUUUAUUAAUGUACGGUACUGAUUUUGAUUUUUUAACUGAGGUAGCUGUAAUGUUCAACAAGGAACAUUGUAACUAAAAUGUAAAAUAUUUUUACUUAAGUAAUUUAUAGCUUUGGUUUACUUCUUUUGUACUUAUUUCAGUGUGCUUACCAGGUUAAAUGAUAAACACACAAACCAAACCUAAGUCUUGUCACUUUCAAGUUUUAUGUUCAUUCGUCUGACUGAAAUCUUUUUGCAGACUGUAAAAUGUUAGUUUUUUCAGGCUGUCACAGAUCAAAUCAAUUUCACAUGUCAUAAAUUUAGAUGUUACUUCUGAGCUCAAAUUUGACAUAGUUUCAGUGUAAUAAAUAAUAUGAAAUAAUGAUAUCUUUUGUACUAUAAAAUAGAUUAUAUUGUAAUGAUUGAAUAAUUAUGUCCAUAUGUUACCCGGUAGAAGUUUUAAUAUGGUAAUUAAAAACGAAAGUACAAAGA